AUAACCACAUUCCCUCAGUACGCGACGAGAGUCCUCUGUCCAAACUGUAAAGUCAGACCGUCCUCUCCCUGCCCCCCCUGUCCUGCUUAGAUGGAGUCCAGCAGCGCUGCCAAGACCAAGAAUGACAAGGCCUGGAGGAAUGUGUCGGAGGAGAUCAAGAGGAUCUUCCGAACAGCGGUGCUGCAGCUUCAGGAGAAGGGGACCAUGAAGAGCGCUCAGGCCAAGAAAUUCCUUUGCUCUGCCUUGGAGGAUGAAUUGGACUUCGCCCUUGGGAAACAAACUCCUGCCUUUCUCAGGAAAUGUGUCUGUUACAUUCGCAAGAUCUCCAACUUCGACCGCUUCGCCAAAAUCCCCGAGAUGACCCGAUACAUGGACAUCGUGGUGAGCGGCGACCGCAUCAUGCGCAACCAGGAAGCCUACGAGCGCCUUCUGAAGGUGCGGGACGAAUUCAUCCCCACAGUUGUUGCUGCCUCCAACCUCCGUGUCUACUCUUCGGUCACGCACUGCGACAUGAAGCUCGGCUACUCCCAGGAAGUGGAGAGCCAUUACGUAGAGGGUCUGUGUAAACAGUUCUACGAGGACAUGGUGGAUAUCAUCCAAGCCACGGUCCAGCAGAACUUUGACACGGAGACGGACCCACUGUACGACGAGAUCCUGCAGCACCUGUCCCUCUGUAAAAGCUACGCGGCGCUCUACGAGUUCAAAGCCGAGUCAUUGGAUUACGUACAAGAGUACCUUAUGCCGUCUAAGGGGAGCAGAAUGAGCCCCAUGGUGGUGUACGGGGGACCGUGCACUGGGAAAACGCUGCUGCUGUCUGAGGUGGCCAAACAGGCCUACACGUGGCUGCAGAAAGAGAUGGGCCCUGAAACCGAUCCAGUGGUCAUCGUCCGUUUCAUCGGCUCCAGCCAGCUCUCCACAGACCUACGCAGCCUCCUCCAGAGCAUUUGUGAACAGAUUGCAAUAAACUACCGCUGCCUGAUUCACUUUUUGCCUAACAAGAUCCAGGAGAUGAGGGAGCUCCUGAUCAACCUUCUAGGGGAAUCUUCAUUCCACAGACCCUUGGUCAUCGUCCUGGACGCCCUGGAGCAGCUCGCAGAUGGCGACGAAGUUCGCAAGCUGUGGUGGCUCCCCGUACAUCUGCCUCGGACAGUCCGCAUUGUAGUCUCAACAUUGCCCAAUAAACAUGGCAUCCUGCAAAAGCUCCGACAACUCAUCCACGAUGAGGGGUAUUAUGUGGAACUAUGCCAGAGGGACCGCAAGGUCUGCAGCCAAACAUUAAAACAGCAGCUGCUGGGGGUGAAGAGAAAGGUCACUUCAGGCCAGCAGAUCUAUGUCAAUGAGGCGCUUGCCAAGUGUACAUUGCCAAUGUUUGUCAACCUCAUCUACAGAGAAGUAGUUCAUUGGAGGUCUCACAAAGAUGUGGACGACAGGUCCCUGUGCUCCACAGUGCAUGAGAGCAUAGAACAGCUCUUCUACUCGGUGGAGAACAAGUUGGGCCAACGGUUUGUCUUUAGAGCAUUAGGGUACAUCACCAUGGCCAAGGCUGGGCUAACUGAGGUGGAGCUGGAAGAUAUUCUGUCCCUUGAUAAUAUCGUUCUUGGGGAUGUCAUUGUGGCAACAUAUCUCAAAAACCCCUUGAGAAUCUCUUAUGAUUUGGUUGCAAGGCUCAAAGAGGAGCUGGACGGUUAUCUGGUGGAACGACAGGUACGUAACGUCACCUUGAUGGUUUGGGCCAACAGACACCUGCAUCUCAUUGCCCAGAAGCUGUAUCUUAGCAACGAGGAGGAUGUCCAUCAAAUGCACAGCCUCCUAGCAGAGUACUUCCUGGGGGCAUGGUCAGGAGGCAGAAAGAAGAUCUUCACUUAUGAUAACAACCAUUUCACUUCCCUGAAUAUAUCUCAUCACAAAAACCCCCACCAUCAGCAGGCCCAUGAAAAAGCAUCCUCUGACAAGUACUCUUAUGACAGACAGACUCCAGAGCAGCCUUGGGUGUUCCAGUGUAAUCUUUUGGAACCUGACAUCUUCUUUGUCAACCAUAGGAAGAUGACAGAGCUGGUGUACCAUCUAACCAGAAGUGGGCGCACUGAUGACCUCAUGUUUGGCGUCAUCAUGAACUUCAGCUGGCUGUACACAAUGAUCAAGAUUGGCCAGUUUGAAAAGGCUUUAACAGACAUUGACCUAGCUUACAGCUACACCCAAGAAAAAGAGUUGAAGUUCCUGGCCACCACUCUCCGUAGCAUCAAGGUAAAAGUGCUGAAGAACCCAGCAUCGCUGUCUGCAGAACUGCAACAAAGGCUUCUGCCUGUUGUCACCUCCCUCCCCAAGCUCAGACACCUCCUCCUGGAGUGUGACAAAGAUGGCCCGAAGUACUGCUCCAUUGUGCCUCUCCACUCCUCUAUGGACGUCACCUACAGUCCAGAGAGGCUUCCUCUGUGCUCGAGCUACAUGCAGAUUGUGGAGAUCUUGCCCACUCUUGCCCCAAACAUAGUCCUUGUAGCCCUUGAAGAUGGGUCUGUCAGCACCUGGGAUGUUGAGAGCAGACAACUUCUAAGACAGAUUGACACGGCCAGAUCUGUUGUGCUGGGAAUAAGACUAACCACUGAUGAAAAGUAUCUGGUCGUGGCCACAACCAAAAACACGCUGCUCAUCUAUGAUAAUCACAAGUCCUGCCUUUUAUCCGAGGUUGAAAUCAAGGGGUCCAAGCAUGGUGGUGUCGCUGGUGGGGUGGCCUUCAUCAAUGGUUUUACGCUGUCCACCCAUCAUGCUUUGGCCUGGCUUGAGGCGAGUAAAGACGUCAACGUCAUUGACCUUCUCUACGGUUGGCCUCUCUACCAGUUCCAUUGCUGGUAUGAGGUAACUUGUGUCCAGUGCUCUCCAGAAGGAAUGUAUGCCUUCUGUGGCCAGUACCUCAACACUGCAUCCAUCUUCCAUCUGGGAAAUGGGGACAAGUUGGCCACUGUGACGUCAGAGUUUUCUGGGGGAUUCGUCAAGUCCAUUCUUGUUCUGGACACCCUUAACCAAAUGGUGAUGGUUGACAAUGAAGGCAGUUUGUCAGUAUGGAACACCAAAGAGAUCACCAACCCACGUCUGAUGGAGGAUUACGAUUGUAGAGGGGACGACAGUGAAGUGGUGGGCAUUGAGUUAUCCGAAGACCAACGCUCCAUUCUCAUUUGCAAAGCCAGAAGUAUCGAGGUCCUGGACACGAAAGUAUGGAAAAUGGUGGAGAAGUUUAAGGCAAAACGCACUGAACGCUUUGUCGCUGCUGUUCUCUCCAAGAACGGACAAAGCAUUGUUGCCUCCAUGGAAAACACCUCCUCCAUCUUUGUUUGGAGAAGGGACAGUGGACAGUGCAUGGCCAGCCUCAUUGAGAUCUCAGGGGCUAUCGUCAAACUCAUCAAAUCCGCCCACCACAACCUGCUCCUUUCUGUUGCCAGCAGUGGAGUGCUAUCUGUUUGGGACAUUGACAUAAUCACCGCAAUGUCCAAUAUCGACAAAACAGGCAAGAAGAUCCAGACCUUGCAGCUGUCUGGCAGAGAGGAUUAUGUGUUUACCAUGGACGGUUCAGAAGCUGUCCACAAGUGGAACUUCAGCACUGGUUUUAUCGAGACAGUCUUUAAGCACGAGGGCAUAGUGGAGAACUGUGUCCUAACCUCCUCAGGGGAUCUCAUGGUGACUUCAGACGACAAGUCCAGUCAGUACAUCUGGCAAACCAACACCGGAGAAAACAUCUUCCGCAUCAAUGGACAGAGAAUAUCACAGCUGCUAAUCACCCACAAUGACCAGUUCGUGGUGUCCCUCUGUGAGCAGAACGCCUCCAGAGUCUGGAGGCUCGGGACUGGGCACAAAGUGUGCAACAUCUUAGUCACCCUCCAGAACGCACUCAUCACUACAGCAAACACUUUUCUCGUGGGAACCUCCAAAAACAAGCUCCUCGCCGUCAGCCUGUGGUCGGGCAGCGUAUCCAAGAAGUUCGUCUGUGAUGAUGGCAUUACCAUCGUCAACUUCAAGCUCAUUCCUGACUGUCCCGACUGCGUGGUGUUCAUCACAUCCACAGAGACCGUCUUCAUCUGGAGCGUGGCAGACGAGUCCGUUUGCAGGCGAGUCCAGCUGCCAACCAAUUUCCUUAAAAAUCUAGAGGACUUCCAGAUCUCGCCCAAUGGAAAACUGGGAAUAGUCUCCAAGGGUGAUGAAAAUAUUAACGUCCUCGAUCUUCACAGUGGGAAGUUGAGGCUUGUCCACGCCGCCGGUAUUAUUUGGCGUCAGAAAUUAUCAAGAGAUGGACGUUAUCUGGUGUACGUCUGUUUCCGGAACUGUGAUGAAGACGACGAUGCCGGCGUUGUGUCCAAUCUGAUCGUGAUGCGCCUCGCUGAUGGCAAGAGCAUUGGCACAUGCUCCCUCUACAAGACGCCCACCUUCCUGUCUCUCUCCCAGCGAGCACUAAACAUCAUCAUUGGCUUCGAGGAUGGCAGCAUCGGCACAUACACAGUCGUGGAUCGUGUGGAUGCUGCCCUCAAGAUAAAGAUUGCCACCUCCAACAGCCGACAGAUUGUCAACAAUGCCUCGCAGAAGGUGCGGCCCAAAUGCGGCAAUCAUUCCUUUAAGACCGUUGCCGACUGCAUUUGGAGGGAGUCAACUGAGGUCUUCUCCAGGGACAGCCCUAUAAACGUGUCUGACUCCGGUGAAGGUGAGUCGACCACGCCUACAAAAAAGACUGAACUGCUGCAGUGAUAGGUGGAGACCAGAGGAGUGGGUGGAGGUAGGACAGGCAGGCGGAGCUAGGUGAUGAAGUUUAGAAUCUCUGGGGUUGCAGUUGAUUCUUGUUUACAGCCACGUGAUUCAGCUGCAGAUGUCAGCCCUCUGGGUAGUUAAUGGGCCGACCGUUUUAACGCUGCACUUAAAUUAUGUAUUACUUACUUCCAACUUAUGAUACAGUGUCUCUUUGUUUUACACACAAGACUGUUAGAAAAAACUAUGUUUUUGAAAAGAAGAAAAAUGUAAAAUUCUGUGAGGUAUUAGUUUGCCAUUAUGUGUCCUUUUGCAUUUGAAGAACAAAGUUAUUAUUCAAAUGUCUUGGUCAAACAUUUCCAAAGCCAUUCCAGUGAUCUUAGCCACUUUCAUUGUACACUUUCUUUAUUCAACCCAAUCGCCAGAAAAAAAAAAAGUUGGCAUCAUACAUUUCUGCAAACCACAGAUAUGU